AUGGUGCUCACGCUCGGAGAAAGUUGGCCGGUCCUGGUCGGGAAGAGGUUCCUGAGCGUGUCGGCCUCCAAGGAGUGCGGGGGCAGCGGCCACAGCUUCGACGUGGAGCGAGUGGACGAGUGGCCCUGGGUGUCGGGCACCAUCCGGGCCGUGUCCCACAUCGACGUGACCAAGAAGGACCUGAAGGUAUGUGUGGAAUUUGAUGGAGAAUCAUGGAAGAAGAGAAGAUGGAUCGAAGUAUAUAGCCUUCAAAGGAAGGCCUUUUUAGUAGAACAUAACCUGGUUUUGGCUGAGCGGCAGUCGGCUGAGAUUGUGCAGUGGCCUGCAAUACUGUACAAAUCCCUAUUGGAUAAGACUGGUUUAGGAUCCAUUACCUCCAUCCGUUUUCUUGGAGAAAACAGAAGAAUAUUCAUUUCUAAAGACCUUCUGAAGCCUAUACAGGAUGUAAAUGGUCUUCGACUUUCUCUUAUGGAUCAUCAGAAUAUCAGUAAAGAAUUUCAAGCCUUGAUUGUGAAACAUUUAGAUGAAAGCCAUUUAUUACAAGGUGACAAAAACUUAGUUGGUUCAGAAGUAAAAAUUUAUAGUUUGGAUCCAUCUACCCAGUGGUUUUCGGCAACUGUUGUAAAUGGCAAUCCAACCUCAAAAACCCUCGAAGUGCGCUGUGAAGAGAUUCCAGCUCUAAAAAUUGUUGAUCCAGCACUGAUUCAUGUUGAAGUUGUACACGACAGCCUUGGGAAUUGUGGAAAAGCUAAAAGAGUGAGUGCUGUGAAACGAAAGUCUUCUGAGAGCAAAGGAGGCCUCGAGUCAAAGCAUCCUCGACCCGGCUCAGAGGCAUCGUGCGGUCCGGCUCCCGUGCAGUCUGUUCCCACGACAGGCCUUAGGGAGGUGCUCCCUGCAUGCACUGCGACGACACCAGCUAGCAAGAACCUCAGGCAGAGCACUCCUCAGGCAGCUAAUUCUCCACCAAGUGUUGGAGCGAAAUCUCCUCAAGGAGAUCAUGCACAGAGUUUACCCGAAGGAUUUUCUUCCUGUCUAAACAUAAAGACAGAGACACCAGAAAAGAGCACAGACCUGGAGGCACUUUGUCAGCAGCCAGCUCAAGCUGGAACAGGGGACUUAAAAAAUCCGAGCGAACCCAAAGUGAACUAUACUCAGUUGAAGACUUUGAACCAACUUCCUUUGCCCAGUACACAAAGUUAUAAUGACAGUAACAAGAAAACCCUGGUUGAGUCCUUAGUCAAAUCCCCUGCGGAUUUUCCUUUGGAGGACUUGCCACCACCCACCCAGCAACUGAAGGAACCUUCCCAGGAAGCAUUGGAGGCAACAGAGACAUAUGAAUUGCAGAAGCACCUGGACUGCAAACCUUCCACAUCGGAGGUAUGCGCUGCCCCGGCCAGCGAGCCUGCAGCCAAAGCACCUCUGAGCAGCCAGCCAGAUAGUGCCGAGGGCAGGAAUCCUGAGCACGCUUCCUUUCUGUGUUCUUCCCUCUGGGGGAGUUCCAGAGAGACUGCCCCCAGUGUGAGACAUGAAAAUGACAGCUGGCACACAGGAAGUGGCAGCAAAGUCCAGAGUGUCACUGCUAGGAAAUCAGUGUUAAUGGACCCAGCCAAGGUCAAGAAAUUGCAGCAAAGUGGUGAAGCCUUUGUACAGGAUGGUGCCUGUGCAGCUAUUACUGCGAAUCUGUCUAAGUGCCGCGAGUGCCGUUUGGAUAGCUACCGCAAGGACAAGGACUCGCCCGUCUUUUGCAGAUUCUUUCACUUCAGGAGGUUACAAUUUAAUAAACAUGGUGUGUUGCGGGUAGAAGGCUUCUUGACCCCAAACAAGUAUGAUAUGGAAGCCAUUGGCUUGUGGUUGCCUUUGGCCAAAAAUGUGGUGGGUACUGAUUUGGAUACUGCAAAAUAUAUCCUCGCCAACAUUGGAGACCACUUCUGUCAAAUGGUGAUAUCUGAAAAGGAGGCAAUGUCAACCAUUGAACCACACAGACAAGUUGCUUGGAAGCGUGCUGUUCGAGGCGUUCGAGAGAUGUGUGAUGUGUGUGACACUACAAUCUUUAACUUGCACUGGGUAUGCCCUCGCUGUGGCUUUGGGGUGUGUGUGGACUGCUUCAGGAUGAAGAAAAAAAAUGUCCAGCAAGGUGGUACAUACAAGACGUUCUCCUGGCUCAAGUGUGUGAAGAGUCAGAUCCACGAACCAGAAAACCUCAUGCCCACCCAGAUCAUUCCCGGGAAAGCUCUGUAUGAUGUGGGAGAUAUUGUUCACUCUGUAAGAGCAAAAUGGGGAAUAAAGGCAAACUGUCCUUGUUCCAAUCGGCAAAUCAAACUCCUUACCAAGCCAGCCCCGAAGGAGGACACAAGACAGAAUUCUUUAGCUGGAGAAAAGCUGAGCCUAGGAACAGCCCUCCAGCGAAAUAACUGUGUGUUAGACCCAGCAAAUGGCAGCUGUGACCCUGCUACCAAGCCAAGCUGUGGCACCAAGCCUGUCUGUCCACUUAGUUCUUCUCCUUUAAACUGGCUAGCUGACUUAACCAGUGGCAAUGUUAACAAGGAAAAUAAGGAGAAACCACUCACAAUGCCAACUUUAAAAAAUGAAAACAAAUCUCUCCAGUCUCUACCCACCUUGACUAAACUUCCUACUGUUCUGCACACCUUUAACAGCACAAUAUUAACCCCUGUAAGCAACAACAGCUCUGGUUUUCUCCGGAAUCUGCUGAACUCUUCUGGAGGGAAGACUGAAAAUGGCCUCAAGAACACACCAAAAAUUUUGGAUGACAUCUUUGCUUCGUUGGUUCAAAAUAAGACUUCGUGUGACAUCCCUAAGAAACCCCAGGGAUUGGUUAUCAAGCCCAGCAUUUUGGGAUUUGAUACUCCUCAUUACUGGCUGUGUGAUAACCGCUUGCUGUGUCUACAGGAUCCUAACCAUAAGAAUAACUGGAAUGUCUUCAGGGAGUGUUGGAAACAGGGACAGCCUGUGAUGGUAUCUGGAGUGCAUCACAGACUGAAUGCAGAGCUGUGGAAACCCGACUCCUUCCGGAAGGAGUUUGGAGAGCAGGAGGUGGAUCUAGUCAACUGCAGAACUAAUGAGAUCAUUACAGGGGCCACAGUGGGAGAUUUCUGGGACGGAUUUGAAGAUAUCCCAAGUCGCCUGAAAAAUGAUGAUGAACCAAUGGUCCUGAAACUUAAGGACUGGCCUCCAGGAGAAGAUUUCAGAGAUAUGAUGCCUUCUCGGUUUGAAGAUUUGAUGACAAACAUCCCAUUGCCUGAGUAUACCAGGAGAGAUGGCAAACUGAAUUUGGCCUCCAGGUUACCGAAUUAUUUUGUGCGUCCAGAUCUGGGUCCCAAGAUGUAUAAUGCUUAUGGUAUUGGGGUGCUGUGGCCAUCUGAUUCAGCACAUCCCUGAAAUGAGGAAGGGGCCAGCCAAGCUCAGAAAAGCUCAUCCUGCUACAACCCCUUCCAUUUUUAUAGUUGUAAUUGUGAGGAAAUUGGUCCUGCCAUCAAGCCCACAUUUGCCUUUUUGCAUCUUCUGCGUCUCGGUCCUAAUUCCUCACAGAUUCUUAGGUGGCCCCUGCCUAUACUGGUUCCCCUCCUCUGGACCUACCCACUGUCAUUCUUGAAAUGGAACAUGGUAUCCAGACCUGAACCAGGCUUCAGAUGGGUUCUGAUCAGGAUGAGAAAUUCAACACAACUAUCACCUCACUAAUCCUAAAUGUAACACUUCUCUAGUACUUAGCUUUCUGCACUGAUAAAUCGUUGACUCAGGGAGCUUGCCGCUAGCUCACUGAAACUACCAGAUCUUUUUCAGACAAACCACUAACUAACCCACUGCCACCUCGGAAAGACCAUCAAGAUCUCCUUUUGGAUCCUGACUCAUUGCGUCAGCCUUCUUUCCAGUUUUGUGUCCUCUUCAGACUUGCCACGUGUGCUGUUUAGGGCUUUGUGCAGGUCAUUAAUAAUAAUGUUAUAUAGCCCCAGGGCCACACACAGGUAGACGGGGCAUAUUGGUGCUCCGCUGACCACUUCCUCCCCUGCCAUAGGACCUCCUGAUGUAAUCUGUACUCCAGGGCAUUGCCAUCUGCCUCUGACUCUGCACCUUUGGAUUUCCUGGCCUCUCUGGUCAUCUAACAACCAAACUUUCUUUCAUGUGUAGUCUCUUCUGAUUAGAAUGUGAGCUCCUUGAGAGCAGGAACUGCCUGUCCCUUUCUGUUUGUGUGCCCAGCACGUAGAGUUAAGCUCUUUAAUAAUGCAUUUUCAUUCAUUUUCCUGUGACAUCAAAUUAUUGACUUUUGGGAUCUGGACGUUUAAUUGGUUUAGAUCUGCCCAACGUCUCUCCAGCCUUUCCACAAGAAAGGCCUCCUUAGUAUCAUAGGAUUACAGUGAGAGAGUUGGAAGGGACUGAAAAGGCCAGCUCAUCUAACCCUGUCCUGUAACAGCGGAGGAAACGGAAUCUUGGGAAGGACUUGGCCAAGGUCAUCCAGGCAUUAAUGGCCAAAGGCACAGGAAGAGCCCAGGUAUUCUUGCUGUACCCUCUCACUACCAGAAUACACUUGCCCCACUGCUUUGCCAAGGUAUCGGUGUCGACUGCCUGUCAAAAAACAAAAUGCCUGUAGCCUGGCUGCCCUGAAUUCAGGUUACUCCAUUCAGCCUUCACUUUCUUUGUCAGCUUCAGGUCAUCAUUUUGAGUUCCAGCACUCCAAAUACUGGUCCAAAGAGCUUUUAGAGGCUACAAGCAAAAAAUCUAUUUGUGGGAAAGAAGAGCAGUACGCUCGGCCAAAGUUUCCGCGCACUCACGGCAGGUUGUAGUUAGGGAGAGCAGUCAACAAACAAGCAAAAAUGUUUGCCCUUUUUCAGAUAAGGAACCAGUGCCAGAAAGGUCUGUGGGGGUCACACAGUGACUAGUGCGUAGUUAGGAUUUGAACCCAGAUCUCUGAUUUCCUCUCACUGAUGAUUUUUUGCGUGACUUCUCUCUACAUACCCAUAGUAGAAAACAAGCGUAUUUUUUUUCUUGAAUUUGUUGACUGAAGCAACAUGAUAGCCCCCUACCUUUAGUCUUGAAAGGCCAAGUGAUUUGAAAAUUGCUAGAAAUUUCUAGAAAAAUACAAACAUAGAUUUCCUCCUAUUAUACACACUUCCUAUUCCCACAGUAAAAUGUAAAAAUGGUCUUGGUGAAACUAUUCAGAAAAUAAAAAUGUACU